AUGUCGCUCCCCAAAACCUACAAGCGUGCCGUCUUCACUGAGAAGGGCAAGCCGCUGUCUAUUGAGCAGACGCCCAUGAAGCUGCCCGGCGAUGGUGAGGUCCUCGUCAAGGUCGAGGCCUGCGGCGUUUGCCACUCGGACAUGUUUGCUCAGCAAAACAUCUUCGGCGCCGGCUUCCCACUGUGCCCUGGCCACGAGGUCAUCGGCAAGGUCGCCGCUGUGGGUAACGGUGUCACGGCGUGGAAGGUCGGUGACCGCGUGGGCGGCGGCUGGCACGGCGGCCACGAUAACUCUUGUGCGGCUUGCAAGAAAGGCUUUUUCCAAAUGUGCGACAACCAAGUCAUCAACGGCGAGACCAAGGACGGCGGAUAUGCCGAGUACUGUCUUCUGAGAUCCGAGGCCACCGUCCGCGUACCCGCCCACGUCGACGCUGCCAAAUAUGCACCCGUUUUGUGCGCCGGCACGACGGUUUUUAACGCGAUCCGAAGCAUGAAGAUCCCAGUCGGCGAUACGGUCGCCAUCCAAGGGCUCGGUGGCCUGGGCCAUCUCGCGGUGCAGGUCGCGGCUCGGAUGGGAUACCGCGUGGUCGCCGUGUCGCGCGGCCCCGACAAAGAGAAGUUUGCGCGCGAACUCGGUGCGCACGAUUACAUCGACGCCGCCAAGGAGCAGGACGUCGGCGCGGCGCUAAAGGCCCUCGGCAGCGCGAGCCUUGUCGUCGCCACCGGGCCCACGGCCUCCAUGACGCCCUUCAUCAGCGGCUUGGGCGUCCUCGGCAAGCUUCUCAUCCUCACCGUCGGGGGCGAUAUCACCGUCGACACGACGGCCUUGUUGGUGAAGGGCAUCUCGAUUCAGGCGUGGCCGUGCGGCCACGCGCGGGACUCGGAGGAGGCCAUUGCUUUCGUGGAGCUGCAGAAUAUCGACUGCAUGAUCGAGAAGUUCCCUCUGGACCAAGCGCAGAAAGCAUACGACGCCAUGCUGAACGGCACAGUCCGAUUCCGCGCCGUCAUUGUGAUGGAGUGA